AUGGAAUCCAAACCUAGUAUGAGUACGGUUCCCUGUGAAAACCACAUUUCCUUUAAUUUACCUGCUUUUUGUGCAUCUAAUCCUCGCGUUUGGUUCACGCAAAUCGAGGCAUAUUUCCGUUGCCGUAGGAUUACUGCACAAGAGACUAUGUUUUCCUAUGUGGCUACUCAGCUCCCUACGGAUAUUGCCACUGAGGUGAUCGACGUCCUUGACCCAAUGCCAACAGAAUUUCCGUACGAUACCCUUAAAGCUGCUGUGUUAAAACGCACGACCGCUUCUGACGAGUCUCGCUUAAAACAACUCCUAUCUGGUGUUGAACUUGGCGACCGCUCCCCAUCUCAGCUAUUGCGACACAUGAGAACUUUAGUUGGUAGCUACAAAGUUGAUGACUCAGUCCUGCGCCAACUUUGGACUAAAUGUCUACCACCUAAUACCGUCCUGAUUUUGUCCGUCCAAGGUGAUGAAAUUUCGCUUGAUAAGUUAGCUGAACUAGCCGACAAGGUGCAUGAAUGCUUUUUCAAGCAUCCCAUUAACCAGGUCUCGCAGCCUACUAACGCGUUUGAAAGUACAUCUGUAAUAGAUAGGCUGCAGAACCAGAUUGAACAGCUAACCGCCCAAGUUUCCGUCAUCACCAAACAUCUUAACCGCCGUCGAAGUGUAUCACCUGGCCGAAACACACGUGCUCUACCCUCCAACCGUGACCAACUGAAUCGUUUCUGUUAUUUUCACAAACGAUUUGGGGAUGCUGCACGGAACUGUAGGCCGUGGUGUUCGCACCCUAAAGCCUUUCGCUUAAAGGACCAACAGGGAAACUCGCCGGCCAGCCAGUAA